AUCCUUGAUGAACUGCAUCGAUUCGAUAAAAAUGUGCUUAGGAAGGUGUCAGAGCCAGUGAAUGACGUCCUCCACAAGUCUGAUAAAAAUGUGCUCCGACCUGCAGCGGAGCCUGUUAAAAAGGUGCUCCACGAGUUCGAUAAAAAAUGUUCUCCGAGAAGUAGCGGAGCCUGUGAAGGAAGUCCUACACGAGUUCGAUAAAAAUGUGCUUAGAAAGGUAGUGACGGCCCUAGGGCUUAGAAGAAUUCGCAAAACUUACCAAGAAUUUAAGUAAGAAGUUGUUCAUUCUAAAGUUACCUUCACCGCUGAUUCGUACCGAGUGGAAAAGAUUGUUCCCUGCCUCGAUGGACAACAUGACAUAAUGGACGCAGAACAGCCCGUUGAGAUUUACUUUGAAGACGGCGUGAAAAUUAUACAAGAUCGAUACUGCAGAAAAUGUGGCCAGCAUUUGCGAGCGAAAGGAUGAACUUUAAAAUGAACGUUAACAUUUUUCAGCGACACUGACCCAUCAUAGAUUUUUUGUAUUUAGCUAUAAGACCUCUAAGUUUGAUCAGUUGGGUCGUGAAUUUCAGCGCCUGACAUCACUCUUUCGUUGUUUUGUAGCUUUUAUAUAAGAAGUACUGGAAGUACUCCAGUGUUAUGUUGACCAGCUAGUCUUCAGCAACGAGUCUUGGUGCGAGUCGCAAAGAUAUUCAUGUUAAUUUUAAUAGGCCUGAUUAGUUCAAACGUUUUAUCUGUAUAUACCCCUAUUUUUUACUUGUAAUUAGUUAAUUGCAAACGACCCCACAAGCUCAUGUAGCUUUAAUACUCAUCGUUUUAAAAUAAAGGCUAUCUAUCUAUCUAUCUACGAGCAAAACAUUUCUGGAACAGCUCGGCCGGUAACUAAAGACAAAUGUUUCGUUCCAUAAAAAUUCGGUUUCGGAAUUGGUACUUGCUUCUAACUGGUGCCAUUUCGUCUCUUUUGACGUGUAAACGGGGCUUUUUUAACCGCGCGCAGACGAUUUCAAGCCAUGAGUAUUCAGCUGCAUCUAAUCGUAGCCCUCUGAUAUGUCAGUUCCUUGAUGUACCUCAUCUAAUGCCUGCAGGGAGCUUUGAAAAUAAAGGAUGAAGUGUUGCAAAUGGAUGAAAAGUAUAGUGUCAUCCUAAAUUCCUUUUAGUUAACAUAAAUUCUAACAGCUUAUAUCUUAUUUUAUGGUACAAAUUAAUAUAUAACGUGCCAAUUGUUGUGAAGUAUUUUGAAAAUUAUUUUUAAGACAGAUCUAUCUUAACUUUUGAGUUUAGGUUUUGUUUCAUUAAGUCUUGUUUUUGUCCACGUACUGUUUUCCUGUUUUGAUCUUUUGUUUUUUACUUGUACUUGAAGUUAUGCUUAGCUCGCGAAUUUACUUAUUGCCAUAUUAGGAAUGUUACAGGUGGUCGUGUUUGUGGUGUUAGAGCUGACCUUCGUUAUUUGGUACUUAUCAGUUGCGGCUGUGCGUAGGCUAGUCUAUUCCCUGUCAAUAGCAAACCUGUUGCAAUGUUAGCGAUAAGAUUAUACAAUGGAAACUCUUCCGGUCAGCUAACCCAAACAUGUCCAGCUUUGGCUAUUAAAACCGCUAAUAUACUUGAACUAGUGGGUAGAGUAGAAGUAGAGGGGUUGGUAGAACCGACAAACUUGCUGUGUAAGUAGAAGUUGUAAGAAGAUUAAGAAGAAUAAAGGCAAGAUGUAAAUCAGAUUCCUGGUACCUCGUCGUGUAGCGAGCGAGUUGCUCGAACACACCCCCACACAAUGCUUGCAUCCCUACCUAUGUACAGAGUUUCUUCAGAGAGAAAAAUACGUUCACCCCAAGAGUUCAGCGCGAGUAGUUCGCUGCAGUGCAACCUCGAUAUAACGAACCUCUAUAAAGCAAAGUUCUCUAUAUAACGAACGACUUUCUCUACCCCAGUAAUAGUAAAAUAUAUAUAACGAAACCUCGUCAGUUGUAGCGAACAAAUUGUGCCAGUCCCUUGGCCCUUCGUUAUAACGAGCUUCCACUGAUAUCAGUUGUGCGAGCAAGGUGUUGUUGCAUAAAUAUGUUAGAGAAGGCUGUUCUACUUUUUGCAACAACUAAAUUUUCCGGCUGAAGCGGUUUCAUACCACGUCAUGCUUACUAGGGUCGCCGGCACGCUUUGUUACAUUGGAGUAACGCGCUAUUCUGAAAAAAACAAAACCACUUGUACUAAAAAGCAGAAGAACCAGACCAUCCCAAAAACGUAGAGAAGUUGAGUUUGAACAAAUUUAUCUCAUUGAAAGGAUUAGAACAAUGCACAAUGAAGUUACCGAGUUCUGCCAAGCAGUUCACUUCAGGUCCUUCAGUAUAGCAAUUUCUGGGUUUUCUAUCGUGUUUAUCGGGACAUAGCUAAUUUAUUGGAUGUGUAUCCUGGUUUUUAACCUAUGAUCAGGCAUUUUUUAAGCGUUUAUAUAGAGAUAUUGAGAGGGCAUGGUCUAAUUAUCGAUAUGUUUCUCGACCCUCAAACUUCAAUUUAAAAAAGAACUGCGUUUGGCAUCCUCAAUUGCUUUGGUUUUCACAUCGGACCUCAUCAAACUGACAACUGAAUGGAUCACUAAAUUGUUGUGAAACCUUGCUUUCGUAACAUCUGAAAUGCCGGAUUACUGUCCCGCAAUGGCCUUUGAAAGAAGCGGUUGUAGAGCUGGUUGCAAAGCUGUGACCUGUUUCAGUUGGUCGAGGGUCAUAAACACCAUUCCUGUCGCCAUUCGACAUUUUGAGCACACUGUCACAGAACUCUUGAUCAGUAAUUGCUUGGAUAUUUCAACUGCUCCUUGAUCUCUGCUUGAAGAAACUGUUAUGGCUAGAAAUUUACUCCUAUCUGAAGUGAUCCAUCUAACAGAACUGUGCACUGAUAUCGUGACCACGCUGAAACCUUCCUCGCGGAAAUCAUGUUCGUGAUUAGGACAGGCGUUUGUCGUGAUCAGCGCUAGCAUGAAUGAAAACAAAGCCAAAGUUAACUUUAUGACUGGUGAUCGCAGCAUUUCUCGAUCUGUGUGAUAGCUCUCUUUCAAUUUCCAAGUCACGAUAGGUUAGUUGCCAUCGGUGGAAAUAAGUAUGCAAGCUUUCGAUUUGGCUGGGCUCCUGCUUCCGGGCUUAUAAGGUACCGUGACGUCAUAGCAAAGACAUCGUACAUCACCAAAAAUAUCUAUGAUGUCUUAGUAUAAAAACACUCAGUGCGGGGCUUUCAACAAAAAGCCUCAUCUGCUUGGUUGAAAUCCAUUCACUCGGCAGUCCAUUGAAAAGGGUUUUAAAAUAAAUAGAUCUAGAGGCGCUCCACUAAAUAAUGUUAAUGAUGUUAGCUCCUUCAGACAAGGCCAAAUUUGAAUCACGGAAUUUUUUAAUCAUAUAAUCAGGAGCCAUAAUCAGGCUUCUGAUCAGUCGUAGAGAAGAAAAAGGGCAUCAUGGUAUCGUUGUCUUGAGUUCUCUAAUCGCCUAAAAGAAUCCUCGGUUCGGUCUGUUUCUUUAUUCAGCUCUCACUCUCUGGUGAAUGCACAGUAUAUGCAUCGCAAAAACAAAAAAAGCAAAACAAAAGAUAAAACAGUCGCUCGUGGAACUGCCAGUGCCUGGUUUUCUUUGAAAACCAAGAAGCAUAAAAUUAACGCGUGACAGGUCAUGAACUGGGAAUUUUCCCUUUAAUGCUCGUCAUUUAAUGUUAUUAAAAGCGUCCUGUUACCUUUCGAAUUUUCAUAGAACAUAAAAGGCUUUUACAGUAGUUGAAAAGUCCAAAAGUGUGUUGCAAGCGCCAGUCACAAUGAGGGCCACGACUUUUGCUGCCUUAGCUCUUGUCAGUCUUGUAUUCUUCACAAUUCUUCUAACUUCACCAGACAAGACUUCCGGAUUGCGGCUACGCAAAGUCCUUCGUCGGUUUGAGAAAAAUGUUCUCAGGAAGGUAGCGAAACCGGUGAAAAAAUUGCUGAAAGCCGUAGGCCCCAAGAGAGUUCGCAAGACCUACAAAGAAUUUAAACAAGAAGUUGUUCAUUCUAAAGUUACUUUCACCGCCGAUUCGUACCGAGUGGAAAAGAUUGUACCCUGCCCAGAUGGACAACAUGACAUAAUGGACGCAGAACAGCCCGUUGAGAUUUACUUUGAAGACGGCGUGAAAAUUAUACAAGACCGAUACUGCAGAAAAUGUGGCCAGCAUUUCUUUAGUGAAGGCGAGCGAAAGGAUGAACUGUGA